UAUUAUUCCUUCUUCAAUGACAUUGAAACAGGAAGAGUACUUGCUUGAGGCACUGCAAUACCACCUACGCCUCACUAAAGGGUCCAACAUGGCAGCUAAAAAAGUCAUACCGAAUUUUCGCACACCUGGCCCUGCUGAGGUGACUCAUAUGUUAGAUGGAGGCUAUGUGUUCUAUCAUAUCUCGGGAUGGUAUUCUGGAUACCUUUCCAUACCCAUUGGUUACAGGUCCAUGAACGUCAGGCUGAGGACGUUAAACAAGCGCUUCUUGGGAGGCAACCCAAGGUAAGUUUUCUUUUCUUUAUUUUUCUUUUUAGUUGUGUCAAACCCGUGUAUGUUUAGAUUAGGAGUUGAACAUUAGGGACAAUGUUCCAUCCUGAGUGUGGGGUGGUGAGUCUUAGUGUUUGUUUGUUCCUUUUGUCAUGUGGUCGAUAAAAAAAAAUCCAAAAAAAAAAUUGCCAUUAGGUUGAGCACAGCCAAACUGCAUGCAGUUUGCCUGUGUAAAAGCAGGCUGCCUGUGCAAAGCUAAUGGCUAAAAAACACCUAAAAAUCAGAAAAAUCAAAAUCAAAACCUUGUACUCUUGUGGUAACAUGAUGUAAAUGACCGUGAUGCUUUGAAAAUGAGUUUGUGCUUGAAGGAAAUCAUCAAAAUCACCCCACUAGUGUUGAAUUGCAAAGUUCUUCACAAUGAGCUUAAAUGUUUUGACUGACUUGAUAUGCUUGGAAUGAGCUACUCUUUUAGCAACAUUCUCUUUUGUGAGGAUAGUGUAAUGACUUUUGGUGAAGUAGUUAGGUGGAGAACAUUGACCAUUCGACAUGUUUGGAUACCGUGCUUACUUGCAUCUAUUUUGAGUUGUUGACUUUGCAAUGAGUCUCUCUGUUUUGAUGGUUUUAUGAUGGGGUGAACUGUAUCUUUAUAAAAAAAACACUACCUGACAAGUAAAAUAUAAGAAAGUUGCCGUAACAAUUAAAGUGUGGGUAAAAAUGCCAAAAUCGUGUGAGGCAAUCACUCAUUGCACAUGGGGAUGAGGAAAGAUUCAAUUGAGAAUCGGUUCGCGACCUUACGAUGUUGCUUAUCAAGUACGAUCCCCAGUAGAGUGAAGUGCCAUUAGAGGAUAUGCAAUGACCCUCCACACGGACCGAGGAAAAGGAGUUAAAAGAAGCCCUUAUGCGAGUGCUAAGAAGCAGAAAUUGCUCUUGCUCGGUCAUCGGUAGUAAGAAACAAAUCUCACUUGUACUAAAUACGACCUCUCGGCAAGCAAAAGCAGAAAGAGAUAAAGCCUCUCCUUGUCAUAAAAGGUAGUGAUGUGCUUAAAGUAAAAUCAUGUUUGCGAAAAGCUUCCCCCAUUAGUUUUUGAGACUCAUGCUUAAUUAAUUGCUUAUGAUUGGUGUGAGUAAGCCAGACUGUCCUCACGAGAUAUGCACCUCACUGAUGUGGUUAGAUUCUCCUAAUAAUUGUUGCACCAAAAGUUGUUAACCACCCACUACCGACGAUCGAAAUUGAGUGUUGCUAUUUGAGUUUUUGAUGGAUUUGAGUCAGUCAAUGGUAAUGGUUGCAAAGAACUUGAGUGUGGGGUGAAAGGUAUGACCAUGAAAGCACAACUCGUCCGUUGAGAAAGAAACUACUGAUUACAACAAGAGUACAAGGAAAUUUUGUGUUUUGCUUUGAGUGUUGAGUCUGUAAUGUGUCGUUGUUUUGGAUGAUUAUGUGUUUGUGUUGUUUGAGUCGUUCCUUAGGGACAACAUGGAUUUGAGUCGUUUCAGGUUUAUCCUCCUCACAGGCCUAGCAUGUUCUCCAACUGAGGUUAUGAUAAUCGGCUUUAACAUAUUGAAUUCUUGGACUUUAUGUGAUUAUCAGUGGUAUGUUUAAGCCGAUUGGUGCUAUUUUAGGGCUCGCUAACCCGAGAAUGGUUGAAAAACCAUUACUACCUAGUGCCAUGAGUUUGAUGCAUUACAGGUGAAGAGAACACUAAAAAGAAGGAAGAAGUGGGCCUGGAAGGAGCAGCUGGGCAGACUUAUUUCUUUGAAAAAACUCUGUUGCGGUACAAAAUUAAAAGGAAUUGGGCUUGCACAAAGCUUGGGACAAGAAAAUAGGCUGGCAACUAAUUUGGGACGGAAAUAAAGGCUUUGGGGGGAAUUGGUGGGCCAAAUUAUUAUUUGUCCAGGAAGUGGAUUUGGGCGGCUGCAAUUGGAAGGAAAAGGAUUCUCUGGGCGGCCACAAAUUCUGGGACGGAAUUAAUAAAGGAUAAAAGAAAGG